AUGUUAUACAUUGUAGUUAAUUUGUGGUAUAAUUCUAUAUUAGGCCCUGUUGAUGGAAAGUUAGCUGAAUUUAGUAAGGCUGUUUUUGAGGAACUCUCAAGCCUUCGAGAGUUCAUAGAUGUUUCUGUGAUGAGUGUUAUGAAGGUGAUAAACAGGAAGUACGAUGUGGACGAGUCAAAGUUUGCUGGUAGUUCAACCAAAAAUAAUGACCAACAACAACGAGAGAACAACCAGCAAUUUCAGUUCAAUAUUGGUGAUCAAGUGCAUGCAAGCACAAGCAAUACAGCUGCAAUUUCUCCGGAACAUGUUCAAGCACAUUUUGACUUAUAUCCUGAUUUUCAAGAAGCAGCUGGGGCAUAUAAAGCAGCUGAAGUUUCAACAGAACAUCUCCAAGCACAUGUUGAGGAAGAACCAGAAUUUGAAGAAGUAGCUGAGGCACAACAAGCAGAAGCUGAAGUUUCUCCUGGAGGUGUGCCAGCAAUGGUUGAGGAAGAACCAGGAUUUCAGGAAGGAGCUGAGGUAGAAAAAGCAGAUAUUGAAGAUAACGUUCUACAGUCGCCAAUUCACGGUGUGACUGUGAAUGAAGUUGUUCCUGAAGGUUCAGGCAUUGACAAGAAAGGUCUGACAUUGGAUGACUUUGAGUUGCCAGACAACUUAACACAAUUGGUCAUGUAUGUCGAGCCCAUACCAGAUGAAGCAACCCCUAUUCAUCCGGGUAGAACCAGGCAACCGGGGAAACAUGCACGAUCACCUUUCACACCUCUGAAUAGUUCUGGAGGCAGCACCUCUGUCGGACCUAAAUUUUUGUACCUCAAGCACCCUUUCACAACUGUUAUAGGUGAAAAUGUAGAUGCUGAUUUGAUAGAAAGGUUAACCAACUGGUUAUACCUUCGUAGUGACAAAGUAUCUAAGAGGAGGAAAGAAUACUUCUCCAAAAAGGAUAAACAAAUCAAGCCUUGGUUAGACUUUGGUUGUGAAAAGGUGGAUAAGAAGGACUGGUUUUAUGCCCUUGCUCACCCAGGACAAGUCAUCAAUAACACG